UCCACCAGGAGGUAUUUUGGGGGGGCAGCUCUCUAAGAGGGGGCUCCCAGCCCCAGUGGAGGAGUUGAGAUACAUGAGGUCACGGACCUACUGCCUCUCCCCUUCAAAAGAAACCACCCUGCUCCAUUUAUUUCAGAAUCUAGAGGAAGUUGACAAGGUGUGACAGCCACACAGCACAACAUGUGGUGGAGAGUUUACAGCUUGCUGGCUUGGUUCCCCUUACGAGAGGCCUUUCUGACUAACCACACGGAAACCGUCGCCGUGGAGGAAGGCCAGACGCUCACUCUGAAGUGUGUCGUUUCUCAAGGGAAGUCCGCCUCCCUGCAGUGGUUGGCCCCGUCCGGGUUCACCAUUUUUUUAAACGAGCAGCCUGCUUUAAAGAAUUCCAAAUACCAGCUCCUCCACUACGCCCCCACUCAGCUGUCCAUCAGCGUGCCUAACGUGACCCAGCAAGAUGAGGGCGUGUACAAGUGCUUACAUUACAGUGACUCGGUGAGGACAAAGGAAGUGAACGUCGUUGUGCUGGCAACUCCUCUCGCGCCAACCCUGGAAUAUUCAGUUAUCAGAAGACAGAAUGGAGAAGAGCAUAUCGUACUCAAAUGCUCCACGACGAGAAGUAAGCCCCCUCCACAGAUAACCUGGCUUUUAGGGAGCGGCAUUGAGCUCUAUGGUAAAACACACCAUGAGUUUGAAGCUGAUGGGAAAAAAUGCACUAGCACCAGCACGCUCAGAGUCCACACCUACGGCCCACACGCCACAGCGGACUGCAUCGUCCGACACGAGGGCUUGCGGGGAAGCAGGCUGGUAGCCCCUUUCCGGUUUGAAGAUUUGGUUACUGAUCAAGAGACAACUUCCAAUGCCCUGGAGAGAAGCUCUCUAUCCUCUCAAGACCCUCGGCAGCGCACUAGUCCUGUCGCAGUACUGGAAGGUUCUAGUACAUCAGAGAUUGGCAAGGAUGGGGAAGAACAAACCACUCAGGACCCUGAUGUGACCAGUGCACAUCCGCGGCACAUGGGAUUGACGAGGAAGAAAAGUGGCAUCUUGCUGCUCACUCUGGUGUGCUUCCUCAUCUUCGUGCUGCUCAUCAUAGUCCAGCUCUUCAUUAUGAAGCUUCGGAAAGCCCACGUGGUGUGGAAAAGAGAAAAUGAAAUUUCAGAACACACUCUAGAAAGUUACAAAUCAAGGUCAAAUAAUGAAGAAACAUCAUCCCAAGAGAAAAAUGGCCAAACUUCUCACUCUAAGAGCUACGUGAACUACAUCACACAGUGGUACUCAGAAGCAAAAACAAAGAGGAAGGAAAAUGCACAAAAUGCAAAAUUAGAAGGACAGCACACUUGGAUACCAGAGAGCAUCGUGUAGUGCACGCCCUGCAACAGAAAAUAGGAUUUCAGGGCAGCUGCCUGUCACCUUGGUGGCGCAGCCUGUGGGAAGGAACAUCAUUACUACCCCGUGAAAAACACAGUUUGUGUGCAAUGUGGUAUGGUAUCCUCCCGUGGUAAUCUGACUGGGAUUCGGAGCAGCAAAAUGAGGACCAAACCAUGGACAUAAAUCUUUGUAGUUAAAAAAAAGAAACAGCCUAUUAUACGUGACACUACUUCACAGCAGGAGGCAGUCUCCUAAGCCUCAGGAUCAGGGUCCACGUGACCAGUUAGCACCUCACCGCAAAAGGAACAGAAGUUUUUGAUGCUGAGCUCUAGUCUCCUAUUAGAACUACUUAAAAAAAAUUUUUUUAAUCUUUCCUUCUGGUCUCCAGAUUUAAAAAAAAAACUUUGGGAUGAAAAAGGUCUAACGAAGCUCCUUAAUCCUGUGAGCUUACAUUCGGGCAGGACUUGAAGGAGCUGGAACCAGCCAUGCGGUGCCAGGGAGACGUGGUGCAUAACAGUGAAUGAGCUUUAAAUAAUGAACAUGACUGCCCCAAAACCCAAGCGUGAGUUCAAGGGAGGCCCAAAGUUUUGAUUUUCUUGCUAAGUCGCAAGAGCUGAUCUGGUAGACAAAGUUUUUACCAGGACACCUCGUUACAAAAACAUGUACAAAAGAAAACAGUGAAUUUAACAUACUGAUUACCGACCUAAUGGGUGCUUUUAAGAAUGUAUUUAACAAAGAGCAGAAUGUAUAUGGGCUUUUCUGGAGGUCAUAUUCUAAGCUGUGCUUCCUCCUUUCACUUUCACAUGUGAAAGUAACACAGCCUUUUUUUUUUUCUAUCAGUUUAUUUAAGGUGUAGCAAACUCAGACAUUUAUUUACAACAUUUCUCCUAGUCUGGAUCUAAAUAAACUAAU